AUGCAGAUCUUUCGUCUUUUGCUGUUUGUGUUGCUGCUGGUCUUAAUUGUUGACCUUCAGGCUGACGUAGGGGAUGAUGCAGCAAAGGCAACAGAGGUUGUAAAAGCUGGAAUUGAGGCAACCAAUGCUAUAACUGAAAUUGUGUCGGACGUCAAGAAAAAUAUGGAAAGGCUUUUUACCGAAGUAACAAACCUCAUUAAAUCAAAGGGUCUAAAGUCGCAGUUUUCUGCAAUUGAACAAAAUAUUCACGCUUUGUCACAUCGCCUACAUAUGUUAAUAUCAGCUCCUAAAGAUGCUGUCAAUGGGCAAAAGUCGCGCUUUAUUAAGGCAUUCGAGGUCAGUUAUCAGAGUGCAGCUCAAAAGAUAUAUAACGGUAUUAUGACAAAACGAUCUUUUACAGACAAUAUUCCAGAUGAAGCAAUGGCAUAUACAAAUUACGAUCGUAAAAAGAUGCAGUCGGUAAUGGCUGGAUGUACCGCGCUUCUCAUGACAGCCGUGAAGAUUAAUUUAGCGUAUUUGGAGCUCACAAACAGGAAAGCCUCCUAUAAAAUGGAAAAAACAAUAUGGGAGGCAAACAUCAAGAAAGUCCUACAGAAAGGAAAAUGUGUGGAUAAGAAAGUUGCUAAUGCGUGGGAAACUCAAAAGACGGAAGAUUUGAAAAUGCUUUCUGCACAGCACAAAGAUGAUAAUCACGCUCAAUUUGCAAAACGAUUGUACGAUUUCUACACGAAAAAAUAUUACUGGAGGGAUUGGGUCGUCAUCGUAUACAACAAAAUGGCUGAAUCAUGGAAAGGAAAUAAUGGUCAUGGUUUUAAGCUCUUGGAGGGGAUAAAUAUAUUAACAAAGACGGAAGGAAUGUUUUAA